GCAAAAACACCGUAUUCCAUCCAGGUUCAUUAUUCCCUCAAGAGUUUGAUUGUGAAAUGUUCCCCGUCUCCAUGAGUUAGGGUUGGCGUUUGCUUAAAGGGGGAGCGUGUGUGUCAAAUUACAUGGAAACUGGUUCUACUCCUGCUACAAUUCGAUAUUUUCGUUGUAGUUUCUUCAAACGCUGUUGUCGCUGUUUCUGCUGUUGCUAUACAUUUCCUUGAUUGUACUUCCAAUUUAGAGAAUUUUGAUUUUAUUUACAUCUAUUUGUGUGUGUUUUGGGGUUUGAUAAAUGGAUUUAUCACAAGCUCAAUCGGGUUUAUCGCUGGGGUUUCACUCUCACACGUCCUCCAAUACGAAUCCAAUUCCAUUGCAAUUGCUAGACCAAAAGGAUGAGGUAAUUGAGAAAUUUCAUGGUAAAGAUGAUGAUCAUUUGACAGAAGAAGAGGAGAAUUUUAGCAUUUUGGGACACCCGAUGUGUUUAAAGAGGCAACGAGGAGGAGAUGCUGCCGGUCAAUCAUCGUCGUCGUCAUCUUCGUCGCCGAACCACCCUCCAAAGCGGGCUGCCAUCGAACAACCAGGGCUUGAAUCUCGACGAGCUGUGGUUCGAGCUUGGGGGAACCAGCCACUUCCUUCUGUAGACCCUGAGAUUCAUCAGAUUAUGGAGAAAGAGAAGCAUAGACAAGUUAAAGGUAUUGAACUUAUAGCUUCCGAAAAUUUUGUUUCUCGUGCUGUUAUGGAAGCUCUAGGUAGCCACUUGACUAAUAAAUACUCUGAGGGAUUGCCUGGUGCGAGGUACUAUACUGGCAACCAGUAUAUUGAUCAGAUUGAAUCCAUAUGUUGUAGUCGGGCGAUAGUGGCAUUUGGACUUGAUUCUGAUAAAUGGGGUGUUAAUGUGCAGCCUUAUUCGUGUACCUCUGCCAACUUUGCUGUUUAUUCUGGCCUUCUGUUACCUGGGGAUAGGAUUAUGGGGUUGGAUUCUCCUUCUGGUGGGCAUUUGAGUCACGGAUAUUAUAUUCCUGGGGGUAAAAAAGUGUCUGCUUCUGCUAUUUUCUUUGAGAGUUUGCCUUAUAAAGUGAAUCCUCAAACUGGAUAUAUUGAUUAUGAUAAGAUGGAGGAAAAGGCUAUGGAUUUUAGACCUAAGAUACUUAUUUGUGGUGGAAGCUCGUAUCCGAGGGAAUGGGAUUAUGCCAGGUUUAGGCAAGUUGCCGAUAGGAUUGGAGCAGUACUCAUGUGUGACAUGGCUCAUAUUAGUGGCCUUGUGGCAGCUAAGGAAUGUGCAAGUCCUUUUAAUUAUUGUGAUAUCGUUACCUCCACUACUCACAAAAGUCUUCGAGGUCCUAGAGGAGGAAUUAUAUUUUACAGGAAAGGGCCUAAACCAAGGAAGCAAGGAGUUCAUCCUAAUCACGGUGAUGGUACUAGCCAUUAUGAUUUGGAGGAAAGGAUAAAUUUUUCUGUACAUCCAUCAUUACAAGGAGGGCCACACAAUAAUCACAUUGCUGCUCUUGCUAUAGCCUUAAAACAAGUAGCUACCCUCGAGUACAAAGCAUAUAUGCAACAGGUGAAGAAAAAUGCCCGGGCAUUAGCAUCUGCCUUGUUGAGGAGAAAAUGCAGAUUGGUUACUGGGGGUACCGACAACCAUUUGUUGCUCUGGGAUCUAACUACUCUUGGCUUGGCAGGCAAGAACUAUGAGAAAGUAUGUGAAACAUGCCACAUUACUAUUAAUAAAAGUGCUGUAUAUGGUGAGAAUGGCGUUGUUUGUGCUGGUGGAGUGAGAAUUGGCACUCCUGCUAUGACAUCAAGAGGCUGUUUAGAGGGGGAUUUUGAAAUUAUCGCCGACUUUCUUCUUAGGGCAGCUCAGAUCACAAGCGCAUUACAAAGAGAACAUGGAAAAUUCCAAAAAGAAUUUCUCAGGAGUCUUCAAAAUAACCGAGACAUAAUUGAGCUCCGAAACCGGGUUGAAACAUUUGCUUCUCAGUUUGCAAUGCCGGGAUUUGACUUUUAAAUGUGCAAAAGAGGCAACUCGAUUGAAUCCAUGGAUGAAUUUUUCUGCUUCUGUGGCUUCCUCAUCAUGGUAAUCUGUCCAUUUUUCUACAUACUAUAUUUUUCACAUUCGGUGUCUUGUAAAUUAGCGAUCUUUUAGGUAACUCCUCAACUCAGUUACUUAAUCUCAAGUUAAUUGGGAUCAGCUGUAUGGAUUAUUUUAGAUACCUUAGUAAAAAUAUAUCAAUAUCAACUUCAAAUUGUAUUUCCCUGAUUUUGUAAAAAUUUAUAUAAAAUAUUAGGAAGACAAGAAUAAGUAUAAAACUUAACGGAGGCCUUGCUGGAUUUUCUUGAAGCGCCUCAUUGUUUGCCCCUA